UGAUACAUCUGGUGAAACAAACCGAAACAGUUUACAUGAGGAUGUAAAUGAGGAUGUAGUGUGAGUUAAAUUGUCGUGUAAGGGUAACCGGGUCCCAUGCUACCAGGCUUCUGGAUGACCGGACCGUGAGCCGGCUUCGAGCCUCAGCAUGUCUGUACACUUCGAGGAGAAAAGCGGGGUCGUGCCCUGUGUGACGCCGUGGGGGUCCUGGAGCCAAACCAUGGAUGAAGUCUUUAUCGAGGUCAAUGUGCCUCGCGGUACUUCAGCUAAAGAGGUGAAGUGUCACCUAGGAGCCAGGAACAUUGAGCUGAACGUCAGAGGCAAAGAGCUGAUCAAGGGAAAGCUGUUUGGCACAACAGUGUCCGAUGAGGCAACAUGGACGUUGGAGGAUAAGUGUCUUAUCCGAAUCAUCCUGAUGAAGGCCAACAGAGAUGCUGGCAACUGCUGGUCGUCUCUGAUAGAAGGGGACUACUGCGCAAAUGUCUGUGUUCAGGAUCAGAUGCAGAGGAAGCUCACACUGGAGCGGUUUCAACGAGAGAAUCCUGGAUUUGACUUCAGUGGUGCAGAGAUCUCAGGGAAUUACAGCGGUGGGGGUCCAGAUCUGUCAAGUUUACAGAAGUGACAGAAGUGCCAAAAAAAAAAAACAA